UCCAAAUCUUUACUGCGAGUGUAGGUGCGCAAGUCAGAGGACAGGCAAAAAGAUGAAGCAAAUGCAUUAAUUAUCCUGUUAGACUGAAUGUUCACACAUUAACUUUUAUUGCUGAUUUUCUACGUUUUCAAAUUAUAGUUAAAUGUUUUUUUUUUUUGUUUUUUUUUUUCCACUUCUGAUAAAAGCGAAACAAGAUGGCAUGACCUUACCGCAAAUCAGAGACGCAAGUGACAGCUGUCAUGAGUAAGUGAAUCGCGUAGAGAGCUGCUGGCAUGAAUACUAUAGGAGUCUCAUUUUUGGAUCCCUUGGAUGACUAUGAGAUUAUUAAUCGGAUCGGGAGUGGCACAUACGGAGAUGUCUUCAAGGCUAGAAACAUCAAGAGCUCAGUAAUGGCUGCUAUCAAAAUGGUUAAACUGGAUCCAGGUGAUGACAUCACUACCAUCCAACAGGAAAUCACAAUGAUGAAAGAGUGUAAACAUAAAAACAUAGUGGCCUAUUAUGGCACUUACCACAGGAACACUAAGCUGUGGAUAUGCAUGGAAUAUUGUGGGGGAGGAUCAUUGCAGGAUAUCUAUCAAGUAACUGGCCCUUUGAAGGAAAAACAGAUAGCUUACAUCUGCAGGGAAACACUCCAGGGUUUGAACCAUCUCCAUGAAACAGGCAAAAUACACAGAGACAUUAAGGGAGCUAAUAUUCUCCUUACUGAACGAGGAGACGUCAAAUUGGCUGAUUUUGGGGUUGCAGCUGAGAUCAGUGCCUCUGUUGCCAAGAGGAAGUCCUUCAUAGGAACUCCCUACUGGAUGGCCCCUGAGGUGGCAGCAGUGGAAAAGAAGGGUGGAUAUAAUCAUCUGUGUGAUAUCUGGGCAGUGGGCAUCACAGGCAUCGAGCUGGCAGAGCUACAGCCACCCAUGUUUGACCUUCAUCCCAUGCGAGCUCUGAUGUUGAUGUCUAAGAGCAGCUUCCAGCCUCCCAAACUCAAAGACAAGAGCAAAUGGUCUGCAGGUUUUCAUAGCUUUGUGAAGAUGUGUUUGAUCAAAAGUCCUCGCAAGAGGCCGACUGCAGAAACAUUACUCCAGCACCCGUUUGUAACACAAUUACUGACUAGAAAAUUGAUGAUUGAGCUGCUGGACAUGGCAAAUAACCCAGACCUUCACCAUUGCCCCAGCUUUGAUGAGCAUGAAGAGACAAAUGAUACAGCCCCAGAUAAAAUACAGUCUAAAGGAAAGCAUAUGCCAGUGGAGAGGAGUUUAUCCGAAGAACAAUUUGACCAGGUCAAGUUUACCCCUCCAAGGAGGAAAGAGACUGAACCCUACCCUGACCUGGGGUCUUGCGAUGAUUGGAGCAUAUCUGGAGAUGAACCAGAGUCACCAGGUCUGUUGGAGAGUGUGGAGGAGGAAUUGCAGCAGAGGAGUUUGACAGUUAAAAGGCUGUCUUCAUUUGAGUGGAGUAAAAGGAAGAGUGGACUGUUCAGCCCACCACCCGUCACUACUACAGCAUCACUUCCUCCCAUGAGAUCUUUAGACUCUGAUAUGGAGGACAAAGACCUGACGCUUCGACCAAGUGCUACUCUGUGCCCUGACACUGCACCAAAAUCAGUGCUGUUAAGGUUUUCAGGCAGUCAGGAUGUGCGGCAGUGGUGCAGUGACCCUUGUGUUCCUGAUGGGAAUGAUACACAGGAUCAACAGAGGACUCUUACAAGAACUCUCAGCAGAGACAUGCCUCUCUCUCCAGAGUGGAGCACCAUGAGGAAGAAAAUGGAAGACUCUAGAGCUGAUUCUCAUGGACUUCCUCCCACUCCCCAAGUCUAUAUGGGAGCCUGUUUUACCAAAGUCUUUAAUGGAUGCCCAUUGAAAAUUAACUGUGCUGAGACAUGGGUUUUUCCCAAAACUAGAGAUCAGUAUCUAAUUUUGGGGGCCGAGGAGGGUGUCUACAUUCUUAACUUAAAUGAGCUUCAUGAAGACACCUUAGAAAAGUUGCUUCCGCAGAGGUGCACUUGGCUUUAUGUCAUGAACAAUGUCUUAAUGUCCAUCUCUGGGAAGUCAUCUCAGCUCUACUCUCAUAGACUAACGGCUCUGUUUGAGCAACGUGGACACUUACAGAGGAAACAGAGUCACUUGUCUCUCGGCACCAACAGGUUCACUGAUCGGAUCAUCCACAGGAAAUUUGCUGUGUCUGUGAAGAUCCCAGACACUAAGGGCUGUCGAAAGUGCAGUGUAGCUCGUAAUCCAUACACAGACAGUACAUUCCUAUGCGCUGCUGUUCCCUCUGGACUUGUUCUGCUGUUGUGGUAUGAACCAUUGCAGAAGUUCAUGCACCUGAAGCACAUAGCUGUGCCCCUUCCAGACCCGUUGCCCAUCUUUGAGCUUCUUGUGUUAAUGACUGAUGAGCUUCCUCAGCUCUGUGUGGGUGUAUGGGAAUGCCCCCUUAGAAAUGAUGAUCAGCAAAAUAAGCAACAGCUAAAGUUUGACAUCAUCCAACUAAAUGGCAUGCCAAACCCUCAGGCAGACAGUGAGACAAUAAGGGCUGUACAAGUGACACAGCUGGAUAGAGACACAGUCUUGAUCGCACUGGAAAAAACAGUGAAAAUUGUCAAUAUGCAGGGUGUCCCCAGCAAGGAGUUAGCAUCUGAACUGGAGUUUGACUUCCCUAUUGAGACUUUAGUUUGUUUAGAAGAAAGUAUUUUAGCAUUCUGGAAACAUGGGCUUAAAGGGUGCAGUCUGCACAACUGUGAGACAACACAGGAAAUCACAGACGAAAGCAGAGUGUUUAAAGUUUUAGGCACACACAGAGACAUUGUUUUACAAAGCACCCCGACUGAAAACCCUUCAGCCACUAGUAAUUUAUACAUUUUGACUGGUCACGAGAGCAGCUACUGAGGAAAUGCCAGAGGACCAGGGGUGUAAAAAGUACUCAGAAAUUAUACUUAAGUGAAAGUAUGGAUACUGAGUACAAAUGUUACUCAAUUAAAAGUCCAAGUAUGUAGCCAAAAACAUACUUGAGUGAAAGUAAAAAAGUUUUCACAUUAAAUUGUACUUAAGUAUUAAAAAAGUAACUUUUUUCCUAGCUAGAAUGAAAUCAAGAGGGGAGAUUGUGUGAGAGAGGACUGGUUUGUUAAGUCGCCUUUUUACUGUAACCGACGACUGUCAUAUUUCUCCCCCAGUGGCAUUCGCAGCCUGGUCAUAGAAUCAUGUUAUAAUAACUACAUUUUUGCAGAAUGAUUUUAUGUGACCUGUUGUACGAAAUACGGCAAUUUCCUGGUGGAAUGAAUACUAGAGGCGCUAAAACAACAAUUAAUUUUAUACCCUUUCACUCAAAUCAUGAGUAAAACGGCAGAUUAUCAGUUCAUAAACAUUAACUUUUCGCUCUGUUCCUCACACAAUGCUAUCUUAUGAACUCUAAGCACUUUUACUCUAGUGCAUGACUCAUUUUAACGUUUGCAUUACAUAAACAACUACAUUUACAAUGCAAUACAAAGGACUGGGGUACGAGUCCUGAAGAGCACACGAGUCGACAUGUAAGCUGAAAGUGUCAUAGAAGCACCAGAAAAUUACAUGGUUGCUUCAGAAAUUGUUUUUCAUCUCACAUUUACUUUUUCUGACACUAUCGGUUAGGUUUAGGUUUAAGGUUUAGGGUAGGGAGGUAGGUUUUGUUGAUUUAAAUCUUGACAGAACAUUAACCUUAAAAACCUCAUCUGUUCGGGAGAACAUUUCACUCUUUUUUAGUGCCACACAGUGGACAUUUCAUUUCUGAAGUGCCCUGAGACUUGUAAUGAACCACAUACAUGUAAUUUUAUUUAGCAAAAAUGUUGCCAGUCACGCAAUGUUCGUUGCAUAGGCGAAUGCACCCACAAAUUGCGAUGUUAGAGCACCCAGCCCCUUGAGACAUAGAGAAAGAUAAAAAACAUUCAAAAUAAGCUUUGAAGAAAGCAACAUUCUUUGAAGAAUGUUGUUGGUUUUGUGAAUUGUUUUCUGAGGUUUGCUACCAAACCUUGCUGUUGAGCAGAUGGAUGAAUUCAUUAAAAUUCAUAAUAAAAUAAAUAAAUAAAAAAAACCACAGUUUUUUUUUAUCCCCUUUUCUCCCAAUUUGGGAUGCCCAAUUCCCACUACUUAGUAGGUCCUCGUGGUGGCACGGUUACUCAUUUAACUUAUAGUUAUUAUUAUAAUUAAUAGUUGCCUAACAAAAACAACAAUAAUAAUUCAGCAAAUAAGAAGAAGAAAUACAUAGAUAUGAUUUAAAAUACGAAGGCAAGUGUAGAAAUAAAUGACAUGUACACAUUUAAUUACAAAAGCCUUUUGUGUGUGUGUGUGUGUGUAUAUAUAUAUAUAUAUAUAUAUAUAUAUAUUUGCAACGUGAAUGAUCAUUUUUGAAUUCAUAACUGUCCAAUCUGUAGAAGUAGCAGGCGUUUAGAAUAAAUUUUAGGUUUAAAAAAACAUCAGUGUUUCUCACUUUGUGCUCAUAGUUUUGAAUGAAUACAUCGCAUUCAGUUGGGCGGUCACAUAUGGUCUUGUCGCACAAAUAUUUCAUCAUAUCCAAAGCUCAAAUCAGAUCUGAAAUUACGCCUCUGCAGAUGGUCGGAACUCCAUACAGCUGCCGUGCGACACUCUAUUUGAAAUGACUGACCUCUUGUCUGUCAUCUGUCGGAUGCAGUGAAAAGGUGGCAAAAAUGUAAGGAGUUCUUUUCAAGUUUGAAUAAAAUUGUAAGGAGUAAAAAGUACUAUUUUUUCCUUGUAAAUGUAACUAAGUAAAAGUACAAGUAUUCCGUUUGCACUUGAGUACAAAUCCCAAAAAAUGAUACUUAAGGUACACAUUUUGAGGGUACAGAAAUUAAAGCCUGAUACCUUGGCACUUUUGAUUGUCCCUCUAAAGGUGUUUUCUUUUUUGUUGUUGAUGUGCUCUAAUAAAAUACCUUUGUAACACAAUGUGGAUUAAUGAUUUUUGGAUUAAGCAUCUGCCUUUAAGUUAAGAAAUAACAUGUUAAUUUUGUAAUGAAUGGACUAUAAUAAUAAUAAUAAACAGAUGCAGUGCUGAUACAAGCAUU